UAAAACUACAACUAUGCCCCCCUCACACUCCCAUUCAACCACCACUUGCGGUUCUCUCCUCCAAGAAUUACAGAUAAUAUGGGAUGAAAUUGGGGAGAGUGAUAGUGAAAGGGACAAGAUGCUUUUAGAACUUGAGCAAGAAUGCCUUGAUAUUUACCGUAGAAAGGUUGAGCGAACGAGAAAGUGCAAGGCUGAUUUGCAUCAAACAUUGGCCGAGGCUGAAGCUGAAAUUGCGAACCUUACUGUUGCCCUUGGUGAACAUGCUUCCUUUUCACGGGGAAAUGGCCCUCUAAAGCAGCAAAUUUCUGCAAUAAGACCUGUUUUGGAGGACUUGAGGUCAAAGAAGGAAAAGAGAAGUAAGGAAUUUUCAGAGACCCACUGUCAGAUUGUUCGGAUUUGUGCUGAAAUAGCAGGAAGUGGGCAGUCUGUUAUUGCUUCUGAUCCACAAGUUGAUGAAUCCAAUUUGACUGUGAAGAAAUUGGGGGAUCUUAAGGCGCACCUUCAUGAUUUACAAAAUGAGAAGAAUCUUCGGUUGCAUAAAGUUAGCAAUCAUAUCAAUACUAUUCAUGAGCUGUCACUUGUGAUGUCAAUUGAUUUCUUUGAGACUGUCAAUGAAAUUCAUCCGAGCUUGAGUGAUCCAACAAAUAGUCAGUCAAAGAGCAUCAGCAAUGACAGUCUCGCCAGAUUGACUGGCGCAAUUUAUUCCCUAAAGCAAGAAAAACUACAAAGGCUUCAGAAGCUCCAAGGUCUAGGGAGUGCACUGAUAAAGCUGUGGAACCUCUUGGACACACCUGUUGUUGAGCAAAGAAAAUUUGAACAUGUUACUAGUUUAGCUUCUUCCUCGAUUGAUGAAGUUUCAAGACAAGGAUGCCUUGCUCUAGAUGUCCUUGAGCAGACGGAGGUUGAGGUUGAACGAUUAAAUAUUCUGAAAGCCAGCAAGAUGAAAGAGUUGGUGUUCAAGAGGCAAAAUGAGCUUGAAGAAAUCUACAGAGGGGUUCAUAUGGAUGUAGAUAGUGAUGCAGCGCGACAGAUUCUCAUCAGCUUAAUAGAUUCAGGUAACGUUGAUUUGUCUGAUCUUCUUUCAAGCAUGGAUGAUCAGAUAGCAAAAGCCAAAGAGGAAGCUUUAAGCAGGAAGGAUAUUUUGGACAAGGUAGAGAAAUGGAAGCAUGCAUCUGAGGAAGAAAAGUGGCUCCAUGAGUAUGAAAAGGAUGAAAAUCGAUAUAGUGCUGGUAGAGGAGCACACAAGAAUCUCAAACGUGCAGAGAAAGCUCGAAUUCUUGUCAGCAAAAUAACAUCUUUAAUCGAAAAUUUGACUGCAAAAACAAAAGCUUGGGAAAUGGAGAAAGGGAUUCCAUUUUUGUAUGACAAGGCCCCCCUCUUACAUGUACUGGACGAAUAUACUGACUGUGUCACGCCAAGAGAGAGAGGAGAAAAGCGUAGAUCUCGGGAACAAAAACGGCUGCAAGAACAACUAGCUACAGAACAAAGGCCAUAUAUGGUUCAAAGCCCACAAUUAAAACCUUUGGGUCAGUCUAACACCAUGGUUGGAACUCCAAUGAUUCGUCGUGCAAUGACACCAUCAAACCGUCAUGGAAUCUCUGGUGGGAAGGAUCGUAGAGAGAGUAGUAGGGUCACAAAUGCAAUUCCUUUGAACUAUGUUGCCCUUCCGAAGGAUGAUUCAUUCUCUUGGGGCUUAGACUGCUGGUGGCUGGUUUUAGUAUCCGAUUGUAAAUGA